AUGUCGUCGGCUCAAGGGUUAUCGAGGCAGCAAAAAGGGAAAUCGGUUGCGGCGGCAUCAGCUCCGGCAAGGAGUUCUGGUGGAGGUUGUAUCGGGGGUCUCGAGUCGACUCAUCACGAGGCGAUGAUGGACACGGUUGAUUUGUCUCGCUCCCAGAGACUUUUGGUCGCAGAUGCCACAUGGCUUGCGAGGGAAGGGAACGAGAAAUUCGUCGUGAGGGACGCGACGGAAUGUGCGAGAGACGGGCAGAGCGGGGCGGUGCCCGUUGAUUCGAUUACCUUGAGAGCUCGCGUAGUGGAGGGCGAUCCUUCAGAAGACGACGACUCUGAAGCCGAGUUGUUUCCGACGACCUUCUAUCCCGAAGGGAUUUUCGAAGAGCUUCCACGACUACAUCCCGACUUAUUGCGCCCUGCUUACGUGGCUGGUCAAGAUUGGGACGGUGUGGAGGAGACUAAGUCAACACUGAGAAGCGUGAAGAGGGUUCUUCGGGCCCAGAACGCCACAGGCGUGACUUUCCUCAUUCCUAGGAAGGAGCAAAGACCUUGGUCUCCUCCGAUCGGGUACCAAACAGUUUACGAAUCUUUUUUCCAGGACGACACUCGCUGUUGGUUCCCCAUCCCGCGACUGAUCGCCGCGUACGCUAGGCGGCGAGAUCUCGCGAUUAGUCAGUUACUGAACGGCUCGCUGCGACUAGCCGUCACUCUAUCAGUUAUGGCGGAGGAGAUCGACAUGCCGAUGAGCGUCAGGUCGUUCGAGGAGAUGACCUCGAUAACUGAUAUGAAGGACGGAACCUUCUCGAAUUGGCAGCGCUCCUACUUCUUCAUUAAGUCCGACGACUCGGCUUUCGAGGAGCCUCCUCGAGAGGACUAUCGGGUCCUAUGGAACCGUUCUUGUGUUGGCCAUCCCACUUCUCCAGUCUAUCCUGAGGGUUUCCUAAAGAGCGUUCGAGCCGUUGCUUUGCUUCGGAUCUACCGUUGGUCCGAGAUUACCGUCGAGAAGAUUCGCGAGCUUAAGGAUCGGAUCGCUCGAAGAUUGUGGAGAUCUAACCUUCCGACCGUUCUUCCUAUUCGCACCAAGCGACUAGAUAUCUUCCCGAAGAACAUCCAGAAGCAAGUUUCUGAAGCAAAGAGGUUGGGAACUCUUCCCGAUUUGAGCGCGAUGUUAGCCGCCCAGCUGGGACUGGCUAGCGAGGAAGGACCCUCAGCGACGGUUCCUCGCACUGGUGAGGUUCCCCCUUCUGGCGCUAGAAGCGCGGGGAAGGGUAAGAAAAAGAAGAGGGGCGGCUCGGGAGUCGAGGGGAGCGCCGAGGAGGCGAGCGACGUUCCUCCUUCUGGCGAACCCCAGAAGAAAAAGAAGAAGAAGAAGAAGAGGACGAAGAGGCCUGUUGACGAGCAGUCGGAGAAUCCCGAGGAGCCGACUGAGAUUGAGGAGGGUGAUGUUCAAGAAGAAGAACUUCAACCCGAAGAGGAGGUUUCUGAGGCUGAAAUCUCAAGAGAACGGGACGACGCGGCGGAAGCUGGUGAAGGGGAGGAAUCUGAAAUUCCUCUUAACGUCGCCCGUCCGGAUGGUUCUGAAGAUGACAGCGGGGAGUCACCGCUUUUGAUCAGGAGACGCAACGACGAGGUCGGCGAUGAGGGGCGAUCUCCUAUUCUGGCGUCUUCUCGCGAGGGAACUCCGGUUCCCAUUGGGGCAGGGGUCGCUCAGAUCGGCACUUCUUCUCGCGGCUCCGCUAUCUUGAGGAGGGUGCCCGGAGUCAACUAUCCAGACAAGGUUUCGUUUCACUACGAGGGACCGGCCCCUCUAGUGUACGUCCCCGAGGCCUGUGGAGAGUUCCUUCGCCAAUUAAGGGGGAGGGCGAAACCUUUGCCCGCUGUGAAGGACCUCAUUUUUGGGGGUGAAUACGAGGAAGCCGCGAGGGCCAAGCUGCUGGGGGAUAGUGCGACGAACGUCAUGAUUGAUAAGUACGACACUGCCCUGAAGGGAGCUUUGGGCGAACUCGAGCUGGCUAAAAAGGAGCACGUGGCGAAAGAGGAAGCUUCUGCUCGCCAGCUGAAUGCAUCGAAGGCUGACGUCGAGAGGCUUAACGGGAUGGUUGCUCGCAUCAUCGCUCGGAGAGAUGAGCUCAAAGCCGAGUUGGAGGUAUCUCGGGGAGUCGUUUGUGAGCUCGAGCGGAAGAACGCCGAACUUGAGGGCGAGAAGGUUUCGCUCGCUGAGUCUCAUGAAAGAGAGAUGAGGCGCCUCAGAGAUUCCAGGAUCCUGGAAGUGACGAGGGAAAGAGGAAGAGUCGAGGCCGAGGCCGAGAGGGCCGCAAAAGCUAAUCGUCGCUUCGCUAGGAUUCGCUCCCGAGAAGAGCGACGAGGUCCCUAUGAGGAGGCCCGGUUGCUUCAUAGCCAAGCCUUCGGAACCAGGAAAUGCCUCGAGGCUUUGAGGAGGGCUGGGAGCGACAUCUCGCAAGCUACUAUCGAGAUAUUUGCCGAGCAAGAGAAGAUAUACGAGGAGGAAGCCGAGAAGCUUAGGGUGGGCGAGAUACCCGAGGAAGAUCUCACACUUUCUCCUCUCGUAUUGGACUCUCAGUUUGUGGAUGCUCGAAUCUUGGCGAGUCUCGAUCCAUAUGGGUCCAACGCCGGCUUGAUCGAUCCAGAGACUGCAGCGAGUCUUCACGUUCCGCCUACUCAUCCGACUGAAGAACGGCGCGAAGACCCAGCGCCUCUUCUUGAAGGUCCUUUGGCUGAUCCAGAGGUCGUCCCGAGACCAGACGAAGCGCAUGUUUCUCCGGCUGCUCGUGAGUCGAGCGUCAGGGCUUCGGAGCUCUCCGUCCUCAACGAUCACGAGAGUGAUCGGGAAGCUUAG